AUGCGAGGCCCGGGGCCGGCGCUGGCGCUGGGGCUGCUGCUGGGCGCGGCGUGGCUGGUGUGCGGGCAGAACGAGACGGAGCCCAUCGUGCUGGAGGGGAAGUGCCUCGUGGUGUGCGACUCCAACCCCACGUCCGACCCCACCGGCACCGCGCUCGGCAUCUCCGUGCGCUCCGGCAGCGCCAAGGUCGCCUUCUCCGCCAUCCGCAGCACCAACCACGAGCCCUCCGAGAUGAGCAACCGCACCAUGAUCAUCUACUUCGACCAGGUACUAGUGAACAUCGGCAGCAACUUCGACUCGGAGAGGAGCACGUUCAUAGCGCCAAGGAAAGGAAUUUACAGUUUUAAUUUUCACGUGGUGAAAGUCUACAACAGGCAAACCAUCCAGGUGAGUUUGAUGCUAAAUGGGUGGCCAGUGAUUUCUGCCUUUGCAGGAGACCAAGAUGUGACCCGAGAAGCUGCCAGCAACGGAGUGCUGAUACAGAUGGAGAAAGGAGACAGAGCUUAUCUAAAACUGGAGAGAGGGAACCUGAUGGGGGGCUGGAAGUACUCGACAUUCUCUGGAUUUCUGGUGUUCCCGCUUUAAACCACAUCUCAUCUGAGAGAAGGGAGAGCUGCAAGUCAGAGAAUCUCCUACAAGUUCCCCAGCCCCAGCUGGGUGUACGGAGCUGUGGACAGCGGACUUUUUACGUGCAAAUAUUUAAGAAGCUAAAUCCUGCUUAGGUUGUGUACAUCGCUUUGAAGAAUUACUCCUUAUUUCCGUUGUGUUGCAGCCAACAGGCAGGAGACACUAUAAUUGAUCACAGCCCCAUUUCUAUUCCUCUCUCCUCCCACAGAAUUAGUUCCCAUCUCUGUGUCACUGUGUAAUCGGCCAUCGUUCCCCAUGGUUUCUGCCUCGCACAAGUAGGCUUUAGGUAUUUCCAUUGUCCUUUACAGCAUAUUUUGUAGUUUUGUUUUUAAAACAUGUUAAUCUCGACUCUUUUCUCUGAGUUUUAACUUAAAAAAAAACAACCCACACAACAAAACAAAAGCGCAAAGUAUUUUUGAAUACGUGGAUGCCACGGUGGAAGAGCAGAUGCCGCUCUGGCUGUGUGCGGGCUGAAGGAGACGUUUCUACGUGAAGAACUGUUUGCAGCGAGGGCUGACCGCAGUAUUUCAAUAUUUCUAUGUAAUUCUGAGUGAUUGUGAAAUUUAAGGCUGCUAAAUGUUUUGACGCUUGUUUUGCUCUUGUAAAAUGUGGCCCAACUAAACGCCAGGAAGUAUAUUGAACUUUUACUA